UUAUAUGUCAAUCAAACAAUUAUAAAUCUGUUGUGUUUUUUUAAUCGAAAACUUGACAGGUUAAAUUGAUUUGAUGGACUCCAUAUGCUUCGAAUGACUUAUGAUGUAAAGUUACAUACAAAUGGAAAUCAUGUAAGUUGACAACUUUUCGGAUCAACUCAUUUGCUGAAAUCUUAAUUGUUUGUUUGUUUAAAAGGCAUAAGUUAACAGAUUUGAAAAUUGUUACCAUGUUAUACCACAUAUUAUUUGCUAAACAACGAAAUGUGACAGUUGCAAAUUGCUCGAUAACUACAUUUGUAUUGAAAUCGUUUAAUAAACCAUGAAUUGUCGUGCCAACUUGUAUCAGAAACUAUUGACAAUGUCUCUAAAUUUUUAGCUAGACGUAAUAGUUUGCUUAUAUCGUUUGACUUGAUCUGUGAUAAUUGUUAAAGUUAGACAAAGAAAGAAUUUUGUUUUUAUUAAUACUGUUGUUAAAUUUUCAAAUUCAGUCUUAAGUCGGUAUACACGAAUAGGGAAAUUGCAAAAUUUACUCUCACUGCGGAAUUGUCUAAUGUAAAUCAUAACAUAAUUUAGAAGUCAUCUUUGCAAUUUCCCAUCAAUAUGUUUAUGUACAUUUUGGACGACAUCCUCAGAAAACUAACAUCGAUGUUUUAUGCAUCUGCUUGCACUAUUAUAAUCGAAUAUUUGUGCUAUAUAAAUAAUUAAAUAUCAUUGUUUUAGAUCAUGGACCUCGCUUUUAUUGGACUGCUGGUUCUGAUUGGCCUGUUAGAUCAAAUCAAAGCACAAACAAUAUCGGAAGCUAAAGCAUUGAGGAAGAAAUUGUUCGUGACGGACGAGUACGACAAACGAAUUCGACCUAUUGAUAAUCAAACGCAUUCAAUAGAUGUUAACGUGAAUCUCUACCUACUGUCGGUCAACGACCUUAGUGAGAAAGACGAGGUUCUCACUACAACAGCUUACCUGUCCGUUAGUUGGAAUGACUCCAAUCUCAUCUGGGAACCGAAAAACUAUGGCGGAAUUAAGCUGUACCACUGGCCACAGAACGAGGUUUGGAGGCCCGAUUUGGCACUGAAAAACUCUCACCUGGAUUACAAAGGACUUGGGGAAGAAUCUCUUAACAUUGUCAACAUCCAUACUGGCUUGAUGUUCUGGCAUCCAUUCCAGAUUUUUAAGUCCACGUGUUCCAUUGAUAUCUCCUACUACCCAUUCGACCAUCAGAUAUGCUACCUAAGAUUCCAGGCAUGGAGCUAUACCAGACUUCAGGUUAAUAUGCGCAGCGGAUAUAAUGGUUCCGAAGGAUUGAAUCUUGCGUAUUACGAACAAAACUCCGCGUGGAAAAUUAAGGACACUGAAUGGUAUGUCGAGCGCGACCAAAAGGACACAACGAUUAGCUUCAAAGUGACACUUAAAAGAAAACCAAUGUAUUUCAUGCUGUCAGUGCUCUUGCCGAUUUGUAUGUUGUCCAUUUUGAAUAUCUGCGUGUUCGUGUUGCCUGUCAGUGCUGGGGAAAAAGCGACCUACGCAGUCACAGUCUUCUUGGCAUUUGCGGUUUUUCUGACUAUUGUUUCAGAAACCCUUCCACAAAAUUCCGAAUCAGUGCCCGUGAUUACGUCUUUCCUCGUCAUGCAAACAGCCAUAAGCACACUGAUUACAAUCUUUGCAAUGAUCUUAUUGCGGUUAGAGAGCUUCGAUGACAUAAAUGUUCCGAAACAAAUUGUCAAAAUUAUGAACUUGCUCAAGCGUAUCCCAUGCCUUAAACUGGUCGGAAAGAACAAAUACUCGCAUAAACCAAAGAAAGAAACAGAGAUGUCAAAUAAGGAAAAUAAGAAAACGAAGGAUGUUGAACAUGCUGACAUUGAAUGUGAAAUGAACGGCAAAUCAUCGGCGAAUGAACAACCUGAAAAUAACAAUGACAAAGGCGAUGAGUAUACGUGGACAGAUGUAGUCAACUUUCUGGAUUUUUUGUUGUUUGUUCUGUUUGCUAUCAUUCUCAUCUUCUUGAUUGCCAUUUCUCUGUCAGUGGCCUCCUCAAAAGGCAAAGUCUUUAGCGAAGGAUUUGAUUCAGCAAACAGCGGUACGUAUCAGCGACUUGACAGCACUGUUUCUGCUGAUGGCGGUUCAAGCUUCCCGGGUAACCAACUUCCUGACCAUUCGACUGGAUCCCCUAAUUAUGAAAGUACGACCUCGCCAACGUGGGAUUGGGAAGAAUAUGACUACAGUUAUUAUUAUUAAAUGAAUAAUACUGACUUGAAUGUUUUUGAAUCAUAUAUCACUCUACAUAAUGUAUAGUGUUUUAGUAUAUGAACUUCCAAUUGUUUUGAAACUUAUAUAUCAAUUUAAAAAUCAUGUUUUCAAAAAUCAAAUGUUUAUGUUGCUUUCAUAUUAUCACAGAUAAUGCGUUAGCUUACACGUCCUUAAAACUAUGCAGGGCAAAAGCUAUCAAAAACCUUAUUGACAGUUUAGGCUUUAGGUAUACAUUUAAUGAUAACAUGAGCUUAACUUACCAUUUUCAAAAACUCAAACAAAGACUUCGCUAUCAACAUUUCCAGUCAUUGUUUGAUGUAAUAAAAUCGCAAAGUAAAUUACAUUAGUAUGUUUAGUUUAAAAGAAUGAUGCAUAUGCAAAAUAUAUUGUAUGUGCUGAUAAUGAUUGUCAUGGAAAAGCUCUGACAGAUACAUUAAUAUAGCGGGAGAAAACAAGAAAUGCGAACUGUGUAGCAGUAACAUGGUUGAUUCAAAAUAUAACUUGUUAUAUAUAUACGCGUUAACGCGAUUUCAGAUGAAAGCAUAAAGUUAAUAAACCGUUUUACAAUGUCAAAUCAUUCACAUGAAAUGUCCAGUUGUAACACAAGACAAUUACAAAAUAUUUCUAAAUUUAUUUACAAUUCUAUGUUAAAAAGAAAAAGUGUUACCUUGCUAGUUAGCUUCUUCAUUGCUUAUGGAUAAAACUAACAAUGUAAACUAAGUUAUUUAAAGAUUAGUAAUGUAUGUAUCAAUUGUAUUAUCUAUAUCAUAUCAUUGUAAAAUA